AUGAUCGAAGGAAAAGAAUUCCAUGGACUGUGCUCCAGGGGAAAACCCAUCGAAGAAGAGGAGAGCAAGAUGUUGGGCAGUGCCAACACUCUGGGUGACAUUGGAAUCGCGAUGGUCACCUUCGAGAUAGGGGACCUGGGCUAUGAUAAAACGGAUAGAAGUUUGGGCGACGCCUCUGGCUUCUCAAGCGACGCUGCUGGUGGUUCUUCAGGAGGCACCAUGGGGAACUUGGGCAACUUCAGCUUGUAUAUGAUGAGUGAGAAUAGGGCAACGAUAGGCGACGUCGAAGCCCAGGCAAGAGGCGUCGAUGCCCAGGCAGUGGGCGACGCCGAAUGGGAGAGAGGCUCGCGCUAG